UGAAGAUCAUAAAAUGUGAAUUCAUCAUGUCAUGAAAAUAAUUACGUUUAAUAGUCAGUAUUUGCUUUUCUCGUUGCUCGCGCCGUUGGAUUCUCUUUUGGUAAUAACAAUGGACCACAGUGACUUAUCUCUAAGUUCUUGUGAAGAUAACUCUAGUCCGACAGAAAAAUCAAAAUCAGAUGAUGAAGGUAAUACUUUCCCAAUUCGUGUCGACCAAAAUUCGAAUAAAGACGAUCCGAGUCAGGAGAAAUAUGAAACUGAGGAUAGUGCAGCAGUUGCAUGGGCAUCGGUAAAAUCCGAUCAAAGUGAAACCCGGAAAAGGCACGCGAGUGAGUCGCCUAUCGGCGUAGGCGGAAAGAGGGCGUCAUACAAAAUCUCGCCAAGGAUCAGACCAAUCUCCAAGCUUAAUCAGUCUACAACUAGCACCGAAGCAAAUUUCGGUUCCUCCUCGUCUAAUGGUAUGUCUUCUGAGGAAGAAUUGUUAGAUAACCUUGAAGAAAUCUACGAAUCUGAGGAUUCCUCAGAUUUAGCACAUAAAAUUUCGGAAAGGCCUCCCUCAGAUGUUGAAAAUGAGUCUAACUCGACAUUUAUCACAUCAUUCGCUGGUAUAGAUAUAGUCGAUGAAUCUCAGACAAGCCGUGUAUUUUCCGGUGCUGAUGAAACAUCUUCACAUCAAGAGGAUUCAUCGAAGACACCAGAAAUGCCCACCAACCUUCAUACAGAUAGCGUAUCACCGACGACUAAAAGUUCUUCAAAUUAUUCUGAAACAAAUGAAAUGCAUUUUACGAGAACUCUUGCUUCCGGUAGAUCUUUGGAAAUUGAGAAAUCGCCUUCCAAUAUGAAUGCGACUAUCUUAUCUCUGAAGCCGUCUUCCGAAGCCAUGAGAAGAAUUGGGCACUCAUUGUUGAGAAUAGCCAAGAUGGUGGAAUCUUUUCACACAGAAGUUGAAAAUAAGUCUCACUCACCAUCCCCAGCAUCAUUCGCUGGUAAAGAUGUGAUCAAUGAACCACAGACGACACAUCAUGCAUUUACUGAAGCUGAUGAAUCAUCUUCACAUCAAGAGGAUUCAUUGAAGCCUCCAGAGAUGCCCACCAAUCUUCAUGCAGAUAAUGUAUCAUCGCCGGCUAUGGAAAGUCCUUCAAAUUUUUCCGAAACAGAUGAAAUGCAUUUUAUCCAAGCUGUUGCUUCCAGUGAAUCAUCGGAAACUGAGACACGGCUUUCUAAUAUGGUAUCUCUAAAGUCGUCUUACCAAGACAUGAGAAGAACUGGACACUUAUUGUUGAAAUUAUCCAAGAAGUUUGAAUCGUUUCACACAGAAGUUAAAAAUAAGUCUGACUCACCAUCCGCAGCAGCAUCAUUCUCUGGUAAAGAUGUGAUCAAUGAAUCCCAGACAACACACCAUGCAUUUAAUGAUGCUGAUGAAUCAUCUUCACAUAAAGAGGAUUCACUGAAGCUAUCAGAAAUGCCCACCAACUUUCAUGCAGAUAGCGUACCACCGACGACUGAAAGUUCUUCAAAUUAUUCUGAAACAGAUGAAAUGCAUUUUACGAAAACUCUUGCUUCCGGUGAAUCUUUGGAAAUUGAGAUAUCGCAUUCCAAUAUGAAUGAGACUACUUUAUCUCUAAAUUCGUCUUCCCAAGCCAUGACAAGAAUUGGGCACUCAUUGUUGAGAAUAGCCAAGAUGGUGGAAUCAUUACUUACAGAAACACAAAAUAAGUCGGACUCGCCAUCCACAACAUUCGCUGGUACAGAUAUGGGCAAUGAAUCUAAUACAAACCGUGUAUUUACCAGUUCUGAUGAAUCAUCUUCACAUCAAGAGGAUUCACCGAAGACACCAGAGAUGCCCACCAAUCUUCAUGCAGAUAAUGUAUCAUCGCCGACUAUGGAAAGUCCUUCAAAUUUUUCUGAAACAGAUGAAAUGCAUUUUAUGAAAGCUCUUGCUUCCGUUGAAUCUUCGGAAACUGACAAACAGCUUUCUAAUAUGGUAUCUCUAAAGUCGUCUUCCCAAGACAUGAGUAGAAUUGGACACUUAUUGUUGAAAAUAUCCAAGAUGGUGGAAUCGUUUCCCACAGAAGUAGAAAAUAAGUCUGACUCGCCAUCCGCAACAUCAUUCGCUGAUACAGAUGUGAUCAUUGAAUCCCAGACGACACACCAUGCAUUUACUGAAGCUGAUGAAUCAUCUUCACUUAAAGAGGAUUCAUUGAAGCCUACAGAGAUGCCCACCAAUCUUCAUGCAGAUAAUGUAUCAUCGCCGGCUAUGGAAAGUCCUUCAAAUUAUUCUAGAACAAAAGAAAUGCAAAUUACGGGAACUCUUGCUUCCACUGGAUCUUCAGAAAUAGAAAGCAUGAUGACGAUUACCUUACCCAAACAUGCAUCUUCCACUAACUCCAGAGUGAGUGAAAUGCCACCUGCACUCUCAGACUGUGGUGCUACAGGUGGAUUUUAUGAGUAUGAUCUCAAGAACGAUAAAUCUGUUAGAAGAAAGAUAAAAGCUGGAACUCCGGUCAUGUCUGAUGCCAAUUUGCCACCAACUAAAUACUCGGCAGAGGCUGAUUCUCCAGGCUCGAGAAGAGUUGGACGCUCAUUGCUUCGAAUGUCCAGGACAAUGGAAGACAUUUCAACAGGAGCUGAUGAUAGGAAUAUUUUUGAUACCUAUCGUAGAUACAACAUUGCGGAAAAUUUUGCAUCUAAGACUUGGAUGAAGGAACUUCUUAAUUUUUGUACUCAGACAGAGAAUAAUAAUGAAACUGUCCAAUUCGAUACUCAAAGUUUAUUGGAAGAAGUUCAUCAUUUCUUUCAGCGUAAUCCUGUGACUGCUGACGAAAGUCUAAAUUGGGAAGAAAGCAAGCGUCGUAUUAUUACAUCUAAAUAUUUUAGUGAUGAAUUUGCUCGGGAUCACGGACUGCUUCCAUUUGAAGAACUCAUGGAAAAAUAUGCAGUGGAACUUGAAAACUACGCUUCUUCCUACCUAAAAAAUCAGUUAAUAAGGAUGCAAGCGCUCUGCAAAAUUUUAAUACAAUACAAUCUAUCUGAAAGAAAUUUAAUUGACUAUUGCGAGGACUGCAGUCUCUUCUCACUCAAUAGAAUGGGAUGCAUCAGUUCUGAUCAAAGAUCAUCUCUUAAGCAGGAUAUCAAAAGACGAUUACUUUGGAUUGCAGAAGAAAUGGGCUGGGAUAUUUUCCUGGAUCUAUACAAAAAAGUAUCGACGGGAGAAGCAUCUUUUGUUGGUAUACUUAGGGAUUCAGAGAUCUCUCCGGCAUCUAUAGCUGAGGAGACAUUCCCACCUAGAGAAUCGCCAAAUCCACUCCAAAGUUCAAACCAUGCUCCAGAUCUUUCACUAGCAUGCCAAAGCACAGACUGCACUAAACUCGGAACACCUUUAGAAGACAAGUCGGGCAAUAUCGAACCUCCAUCCGGAAACGAAAGAAAUUUGCCCAAACAGGAUGAAUCCACGAGCGAAUCAAAAGAAUCCUCGAACUUCAUUUCAGAAUCUGAUUCUCAAACCAUAGAGGGCAAUCAACAAAGCAACGAAAAUAUUCCUUUGUCGACAAGUGAAACAACGGAACCGAGCAAUGGAGAAAACGCUGGCGAAGGCGGAUCAAAUGUUUCUGCUCAAAAUUUUGAAUCGUAGCCAGACAAAACAACUUAUGAUGAAUGACAACAUCGUGGAUAGAUGUUUUUACUGACCAACCAUUUUUUUCAAUGAAACUUAACUUUUAAUGAACUCAAACUCAGAAUAGGAUAGCUUUAUUGAUAUUUAUAUACUAUGUGAAAUGUGUCGCAUUUGACAUAAUUUCUGUUUGAGAUAUAUUUUGUCUUAAAAUGUGUAUUUUAAAUAAGUUUUUAUGCUGCAUGGCAACAUUUUUUUUAAAU